AUGCCGACUGAAAGGGAGUUUCAGAUCGCGCCGAUUGUGCCGGAGUCGGUGAUGCACAACACAAAGGCCCUCUCCAACCUGCAGAACCUCACUGCGUCCAUCUUCGGCGCCGCGGCCGGCAUCCUGGGCCUCGAGUCCUACAGCGGUUUCCUGUUCUAUCUCGUAUUCACCGUUUUGACGACUGUCCUGUUCUACGCCAUCCGCGUCGCGCCCACCUCCCUCAAAGCCGGCCACGCCACCUUCGACACGAGCCGCUUCUUCAGGACGCAGUACGAGUUCUGGGCCGGCGGGCUAUUUGGGGGGCUCGCUGGUUACAUAUUGACGUGGACGCUGUUCUACGGUCUGGUGAGGGCGUGA